AUGCCGUCAACUGACACCUCAACAAACGACCCUCAAGGGGGUUAUGACCGAAGCACGCACGUCUCUGGUCUGCCUCCCGAGAUUUGGACAUUGGUUGGAGAAGAGAUCCAAAGCGACGUCGCGUUCAAGGCCCUCCGAUUAACAUGUCGCACAUUCAGAGACAUAUUCACACCAGUCGCCUUUGAUAUUUACCACCUCGAACUGAAGUCAAUAUCUCAACUGGAGAACCUUGAGUUGCGGCAGACUCUAUGUCAUACCAAAACACUUUGCAUCCAAGUAGACUCUGUUUCAAUUGACGAUACUUUUGCUGAGGAAAUUGACAAAGCUGCUGAGCCACUUGUGCACAUUCUGCAACAGAUGCCAAAACUUCAAUUACUACAAUGGACAGAUAGUAGUUUCGAAUUACAUGAUUGCAUCCUUCUCCUUCGAAACCCCGAUUUGCUGGAUUGCCUUAAGUCCAGGAAGAGCCUGCGAAAUGUUGCUAUCCAGUUCUGUGCUGCAAAUUGUACAGAAACAGUAGAUGGCCUUGAAAACUGCUCGACAACACUUCAAGGGUUUAAGAACCUCACAUCCCUUGAGUUGUACAACUUUUAUGGAGAUUGCAAAGCCAUACUCAAGGAUAUCGCCAAUACUUUGGCAGAAUGCCCCUGUCUCAAGAAAUUAGGGCUCGGCAGAGCGACCAAGACCACCUAUGGAGAUCAAAACGGAAUAGGAUCCGAUGAAUUACUCAUCCUGGAUGAUGUAGAUCUGCUCGAGUCUCUGUGCCUACUGUACGGAGCGCAAGUCGGAACACUGCCUUUAAAAGUUCAUACCCUGCGACUUGGUUACUCGAUGUUUUUCACAGAACCCAGUUCGUCCACUGUUGGGAACUACCUCACAAAGCUUCUGGAUCUACGCACUUUAAAGAGUCUGGAGAUGUACAAUGGAUACGUUCUUCUAGAUGCUGCGGAUGUAUCGGACCCCGACAGAUUCAAAGUAAUGCUGCAACCACCUUGGGAACUAUUGGAUGAUUGUUCUCUCCGGCAGCUUGGCGUAACCAAAAUCGACCACCGAGUCACAGCUUAUCUGACCGGCGCAGGCCAAUCAGUUGAGGAACUCUCGGUUUCUGGUGCCUACUGUAUGAACGAUCCUGCUAUUCAAGAAUUCAACCUCUUCAGCCUGCCGAAUCUGAAAUCGCUCUGGACUCGCGAAAAGUUUGUUUCCAGAAAUCCAAAUCGUGACAACUCGAUCGACUUCGACAGUCCAUACGAAACCCUGCCUCAAGAGACUACUGUGGGAGAAUUGGAAGACCAGGAUGAAGAGGAAGAACUGCUGUGGGGAGGAAGGCUUGAGAAGAAAGAGCAGAAAUUCAUCUUACACCGCCUUCACGACCGUGGCUCCAGACUUGCCACUCUUGCUAUCAACUUUGACUUUGAUAGCGAAUACAUUCACUUCAUUGCUCUACUGCCCAAACUGACUUGUCUGACUCAACUGAGCCUUCAAAAAAAGCGAGAGGGUUAUUGGUAUCAACAAUUUCCUGCCCCCAACACAUCAAUGUGGCCGUCUAUCCAGACUCAAGAAGAUAUCGCCCAUCGUUAUGCUCAGAUGAUGGCAAUGCUUUGCACGUCUCUGCAACACAUCCAGAUUGGCUUAUUUUCUUGGCAAGUAAUGACCCCAUCUCACCUGCGCCCUCCCGUCCCGACCCCGAUACAUGGAGAUAUUGACGGCGAACUUAAACUUCGAAGAUUGGACCACAGAGAAAUCCAUUCCAUUGAGUUCUUCUGCCGUCACCCAGACCUCAUUCAGUCAGGCUUGCCCACUACUGUGAUGCCGGAAUAUUUUGAGGAAUUGCAGGUGAAGGAUGGCUCCGAGUCCAAUGACGGCUUAGUUGUGUAUGAUUACGCUUGAGAAGAUCGUUAAAGAAUGAUGAUGGUGGUAUCUUUGACGGCGAGGAUGAGAGCAUUGGUUCGUGCAAGCGUUAAAGCACUGUCCAGCAGCACGGCAGGGUGGGAUCUUAACAGCGCUGGAUUUCCAUAUCGAAGCUUUCGCUUCCGAACUCGGGUCAGAGCUCAUCUUUUCAGGUUCAGUGAGGAAGCUUACUUCGAGCUAUUCAACCGAUAUGCUGCAUUUUAUGGGCGAGAAUAGCAUUGUAUGAAUAGAUAGCCAGCAUAUUCCGAGCAGUGAAACUUCCUUGCGACACGACAAAAAGCACAGACAUGAAUACAAAACUUACAAAUGAGCCGAGAUUAAGUGUGAGAGUCGUGAUUGUUUUCUUUUCUCUGUAUCUCUAGGUCGCCUGCAAUGUCUCCGGUCAUUGAAGACUGUACAGUGACAUUGAUAGCGGUCCAAAAUAUGCUUACGGCCACGUCAGGCUCGAAUUCCACAGCUUCCAGCACUCAACAGAUAUGUAAAUCUCAUAUACGAGCUCUAGGUCCGGAGAAUCUCCGGGCGUAGAUAGAAUUGCUCGGUCUCA